AUGUCAUCCCUCGACCCAACAUUCUCCUCGUAUACAAAACCCCAAGCCCAAAAAUACGCACAAGCGCGUCUCUCAUACCCAUCCCAGCUCUACGAAACCAUCAUCACGCAUCACACGCAGACCGGUGGCCGACUAGAUACUCUCGUCGAUGUGGGAUGCGGACCGGGCAAUGCGACGCGCGAUCUGGCGCUCUCGUUUGAGUAUGCCUUUGGUUUGGAUCCUGGUACGGAAAUGAUUAUUUCGGCGCGUCAAAGAGGUGGCAGGACGCGGAGUGGGAAUGAGGCGCGUUUUGCUGUUGCGCCAGCGGAGGAGUGUGUUGGGGUGGUUGCAGAGAUGACGAGAGCUGGAGGUGUAGAGGGAGGAGAUGGGAAGGUGGAUUUGUUGACGGCUGCUAUGGCGGCACACUGGUUCGAUAUGCCCAAGUUUUGGACCAAUGCGGCCGAGAUGGUGAAACCCGGGGGAACCGUUGCUCUUUGGACCUGCGCAUCCCUUUACUGCCACCCCUCAACACCAAACGCAGCAGCCGUCCAAGCGGCACUCUUCCGAUUAGAACGAGAGAUCCUCGCUCCUUAUGAACUACCAUCCAACCGUCUAUCUCGGGAUCUUUACGACAAACUUGUGUUGCCAUGGGAUGUACCCCGAAACAAUGAGGCGGUAUUUCCUGCUUCGGAAUUUGUACGCAUGGAGUGGGAUCGCGAUGGUGUCCUCAGUGAUGGAAAAGAGUUCUUUGGUGGCGAGAGUAAAAGAAUUACGCUGGCGGAUCUCGCCAAGAGCCUAGAUACAGCGAGUAUGGUUACUAGAUGGAGGGAGGCGCAUCCGGAGCUGGUGGGUACAGAUAAAGACUGCGUGCGUGAGACGAUAGACGAGGUCCGAAGGUCUUUGGGAGAGUCAGGUGAAAUAGGGAAUGAGGAUGUUUCGAUUAAAGUUGGAUCUGGCACUGUUUUGCUAUUGUUUAAACGGAGAUGA